ACAGAGAGAGAGACAGACAGACAGACAGACAGACAGACAGACAGACAGACAGACAGUCAGACAGACAUGCACCACUGAGGCACAUGAACGGGAGGGGUUAACUGACCUGUGAAUAACUGCAUUGAUACCUUAUGACAUUUACCUGAUUUACAGCUAGCCUUACAAAGUCUACCUGCCACACUCACAAGUCACCUGUCCCGGUGUGCGUUAGAAGAGAUCUUCAGGGCUGGCUGCUGCUAACUGCAGAGAGCUGAAAUAGGUACCCAACACAAUGAAGAGGAUGGCUUCCCCUACUAGUCUGUUAUCAGAGAAUCAGUUCCAGUGUUCUGUCUGUCUGGAUGUGUUCACUGACCCAGUCACGACCCCAUGUGGCCACACCUUCUGCAUGGCCUGUAUCAGAGGGCUCUGGAAGAUCAGUUAUGGCUGUAAGUGCCCAACCUGUGAGAAUACCUUCACAGUUAGGCCCCAAAUCAGCAUCAACGUUGCAUUCAAAGAAAUCACCGAUCAAUUCAAGAGGAUUCAAGUUGGCGUCUCAAACCUAACUGUGGCUAAGCCUGGUGAGGUGGCCUGCGAUGUCUGUACCGGAGGGACGAUCAAGGCCCUCAAGUCCUGCUUGGUGUGUCUGACCUCUUACUGCGAGCCUCACCUGGAGCCUCACAAGAGAGUUGUUACGCUGAAGGUCCACAAACUGAUUGACCCUGUGGAGAAGUUGGAAGACAGGAUGUGUAAGAAGCACGAGAAGCUCCUGGAGUCGUUCUGUAAGACCGACCAGAUGUGUGUCUGUCAGUUCUGCACCGAGACGUGCCACAAGACUCACCACACAGUUGCUAUAGAGGAGGAGUGUGGGGAAAAGAAGGCUCAGAUAAAGAAGAUGGAGUCAGGAGUUCAGCAGAUGAUCCAGGCCAGACAGAAGAAGGUGGAGGAGAUCAAACAUUCAAUGGAACUCAGUAGGAUAACUUCUAAGAAAGAGAUGGAAGAUGGUGCACAGAUCUUCACCGCUCUGGUGAAAUCCAUCGAGAGAAGCCAGGCCGAGCUCAAUGAGGGGAUCGAGGAGAAGCAGUCAGCAGCAGAGAGGCGAGCUGAAGGGCUUGUCAAAGAGCUGGAGCAGGAAAUCACUGAGUUACAGAGGAGAAGCACUGAGCUGGAGCAGCUAUCAAUCACUGAGGACCACCUCCACCUCUUACAGAGUUUGCCAUCGCUGUGCACCACUCCACCCACCAAGGACUGGUCUGAGAUCAGUGUUGACUCUGACAUGUGUGUGGGGAAUGUGAGGAGAGCUCUAUCUCAACUAGAGGACACACUUAAGAAUGAGUUAGAGACCCUGAAAGAGAGAGAAUUUAAGAGGAUCCAGAAGUAUGCAGUGGACGUGACUUUGGACCCAGACACCGCACACCCCAACAUCGUCCUGUCCUCUGACUGCAAGCAGGCACGGCGCGGUGACAUGUUGCAGAUUCUCCCUGACAACCCCCAGCGCUUCGACCCGGUGCUUUGUAUCUUGGGGAAGAGAGGUUUCUCCAUUGGGAGGUUCUACUUUGAGGUUCAGGUGGGGGACAAGACCUACUGGGAUCUGGGCGUGGUCAGAGGGUCCGUCAACCGGAAGGGGAUGAUAACUUCGACCCCAGAGAACGGCUACUGGACCAUUAGGCUCAGAGGAGGGGAAGAGUACCGGGCCCUUGCAUCCCCCUCCAUUCUCCUCUCCCUGGGGGAGAAACCCCAGAAGGUUGGGGUGUUUGUGGAUUAUGAGGAAGGGUUAGUGUCCUUUUACGAUGUGGAGGCCAAGGCUCAUAUCUAUUCUUUCACUGGAUACUCCUUCACUGAAAGGCUCUAUCCAUUCCUCAGCCCCAGUGUUAGUGAUGAUGGUAAAAACUCAGCCCCAUUGGUCAUCUCCCCUGUCAAUCAUGAAGCUUAGGUUUCUGAUUUGCCUCUAACCAUUCCUCAGUUCCAGUAGGUGUGUUCAGCAGGACACAACGUUUUGGAACUUUCAGAUAUAAAUAUGCAAUGUAGAACACACGUGCCUCUCUGACAUGUAGAAUAACGGUUCACGUCAGCUCUAUUUAUGGCAUUUAUGGAUCAUUUUUUGGACCAGAGGAAAGAGUGCCUCCUACUGGACCUCUAUCACCACUUACAGCAGCAUCUGCUCUCCCAUUCAGGGAUUGACCAGGACCAACCCUGCUUAGCUUCAGCCAGCAGUGGGAUGCAGAGUGGUAUGCUGCUAGCCCCAUUGGUCAUCUCCCUUGUCAAUCAUGGUGUGCGACCAUGUAAAAUAACCUUGUGAUUAAAGACAAACAAGUCGCUUAAAUGUUUUGAUUGACAUUGCACUUAAUCUUGACCAGCUGUCUACAAAUUCUAAUAAAUGUAUUGUUUUAGAUUUUUCAAUUAAACUGUCUCUGAUAAAAGUUU